AUGCCACGUUCCUUUUUGGUGAAGAGCAAAAAGGCUCAUACCUACCAUCAACACCGCUUUGUGGAAGAUGACCUGCCUAUACUCACGUGGAAUCCAAUAACCUCUCCUUUCACUGCCAUAGGAGGUAAGACAUCAGAGGACAUCAAGAAACAGGACCUAGAAUGUGUGAUUCCAAAACAAGAAAAGGACCUAUCUGAACUAAAAGAAGAAAGUGUCCCUGUCCAGUACCUGAGCAGGAUGCUGCCAGGCCCUUCAGCUCAAGAGAUGGCCAUCUCAGGUCCACAGAUCAAAGGCUGCACUAACACGACAAGCACCCCUACCUUCUACAAAACCGGCUUUUCUUGGGAUGCUUUCCAUUUGCCAUACAGCUACCGACAGAUGUCUUCCACCAUGCAGUCAGCCCUCCUGGAGCAUCCAGUUAGCCUGUACGGAAGCCACCUCAUGCCAAGUGCCGAACCCCCUCUAGAUUACAGCAUGCAUUACUCCUCAGAAAUGGAGACCUACCACUGCAUGAAGUGCAACAAGGUAUUCUCCACUCCCCAUGGACUGGAGGUCCAUGUCCGAAGGUCUCAUAGUGGGACCCGUCCCUUUGCUUGUGAAGUAUGUGGCAAAACCUUUGGACACGCUGUAAGCCUGGAGCAGCACACCAAUAUUCACUCCCAGGUGGGUAGCAUGUUUCCAGAGAACCAAAUGUGUGGGAAGACAUUCAAACGUUCCUCCACCCUCUCCACACAUCUACUGAUCCAUUCAGACACACGGCCCUAUCCCUGUCAAUACUGUGGCAAGCGCUUCCACCAGAAGUCAGAUAUGAAGAAACACACUUACAUCCACACUGGGGAGAAACCUCACAAAUGCCAAGUAUGUGGCAAAGCCUUCAGCCAGAGCUCCAACCUCAUCACUCACAGCCGCAAACACACCGGCUUCAAGCCCUUCAGCUGUGAGCUCUGUGCCAAGGGUUUCCAGCGCAAGGUGGAUCUACGGAGGCACCGAGAGACCCAACACAGUCUCAAGUGA